AAACCAAAAAAGGACAGCGCAUCGGUGGCAUGCCAUUCCCACUUUCGACCUCGAUGGCAGCCGUGGCCGUAGCAGCGCUGGCAGGCGACUGGGACGCCGUGUCCUUGGCGAUGCCCAAAGGCCUCGACUACAGCGCAGUGAUCGAGCCCAAGACAGGCUACACGCUGCUGCACUUGGCGUGCCUGCACAACCAACGCGCUGUCGUGCAAGCGCUACUGCGCCAACCGCAGCUCGACGUCAACGCGACCGACUACACCGGUCAGUCGGCGCUGCAUGUCGCGUGCCACUACGAGCUCUUGGACAUUGUCGAAGACCUCUUGGCGGUGCCAUCUCUAUCGAUCGACCUCCAAGACAAGGACGGGUACACGGCGCUGCACGUGUGCAUGUACCACAGCCAGCCCACAUGUGCGACGCGCCUGCUUGCCGCCGGUGCCAACCCGCGUCUGCGCUCCACGGACGGAGAGACACCAAGCGCCAUCGCAAGCGCGCUCGGUAAAGACGGAAUGCUGGUGCCAUCCGUCGACGCGCCGUGA